UAGUGGGACAUAGACGCUAGGACGCUAGUGCUAGUGUUCUCCUCUUCUAUUUUAUUUCUUGUCUUUUGUCUUUCCUCUUUCCUCUUUGUAAGUCCUUGUAAAUCCUCUUUCUUGGUUUUUGUUUUAUAUUUUAUAUGCUGUGUUUUGGCUGUGUUUAUAUGCCCUGUCGGCGUGCUGCGUAUUGUAACGUGAUUGUAACUUGAAUAACUCUUUUUUAUUUCUACGGUCAUCCCCAGUAUUUUUUGAAUAUCUUUGAUUUUUUGUUACUUCGUGUCUUAAGUCUAAAGUUUGGUGAGUUUAGUGUAGUUUUUCUAGACGUUGGACAUUGAAAGUAUAUUUCAUUUGAAAUGUAUUAUCCGCUGGCUUUAACUACUUGGAAACAAAAUAUACCGGGGAUAAAUAAAAACACAUGGAAGAAAAAGACCUUCCCUGAAAAUAAGCUAAACGAUUUGCUGACUGAGAUGUACAGAAAUCUAGACCAAAAUACUUCCCAUAUUUUUCGUAAAAAUUUUAAAUCUCAUAAGUCUGUAGAGUUAAGGUGUUUAUAUAGAAUAAUACCAAUGGAGUUUUUUGGAUCAACAGUCAAUAGGAAGAAGUUUUUUUUCGUUGUUAAACGAAUUUUGUCCCAAACAAAGGGAGAAUGCAUACAUACAAAAUAUCUAUAUAACAAUUACGAACUUGAUCAAAUCGGUUGGUUGUUUGCGAAAUCGAAGGACAAACAUUGUAUGUUAGAAGAGUUACGCGAAAUUAAUAUACUUGUUCUUGAUACCAUAGUUAAACCAUUUUUAAGAUACUUUUACUAUUACUUAAGCGAUUUUAAAACUAGAAAAUUGUUGUUUGUCUGUCGAAAUGAAAUGGAUUCCUUCAUAGAUACGAGAAUCACAAAAUAUCUAAAAGAGGGCACUCUUUCAAAGAUUACCAUUAAUGACAAUAUUAAUGUAAAUGGCAGGUUAAUGUUUAUUCCAAAAAAAUCAUCUGUUCUUGACCACAGACCUUUAAUAAUUCAGAGUGGGGGUACCCACUGUAAACAAAUCCAAAGAAAACUUAAAAAAUUAACUAAAACAUAUUUGAUUGGAUGCAAAGGGUCCUUCUAUAAAGGAUGGUGUAAAUAUUUAUCAGAUCAUAAACAAAAAAGAAAUCUUUAUGCUGUUAAAUUGGAUAUUGUGAAUGCCUUUGGUUCCACUGACAUAGGUGAAUUAAUAAUGAUAAUUAAAGACAACAACACAUUUACGCAUGCAGAGAAACAAUUUUUAGCUCACAAUAUUCACAAUCAAUAUGUUUAUGCAAGGAACACCGUUUACAAAUGGAAUUGUGGAUUGCUUCAAGGUUGGAAUUUAUCGGCACUAUUGUCAGAACUGUACAUUAGUUAUUUGUGUAAUAAACAUUUAUCAAAAUUUUUGAAACCAUAUUGUUUCAUGCACAGAACUGUAGACGAUAUAUUAUUCGUAACCCCAUAUUCAGAUGAAUUAGGAAAUUUUGAACUAGCUGCAAUGGAUGCGUUUUUAAUACACCAAACUAAAUCCCAAAGAUGUUAUGAUGGACAAGGUCUAAUUUAUUGUGGUAAAAUGUUUAACAUGGAAACGAGGGAGGUGUCCAAUUAUUAUAAUUAUGACAAUAACACCGAAAUUAGAGAAAGAAUGAAAAUAUGGAACUUAAAGAAGGAAAUUGACCAGGACCAAAUAUUCGAUUUUGUGAUGAACUGCAUGAAAUUUGUAAACAUGAAUUUUUUGUUUUCAAACUUUGUUUUGAAUACAGAGUUCAACAGUAAAGAUAGUGUAAUGAAGAAUCUCUAUGACGGAAUGUGUGUUGUGGCGUUCAGGUUUGAUAGCGUAGUUUCGACACUUUCGUACACCUUUUCGUCUUUUCAGCACCGGUCGAAGGUAAUUGAGCAUUGCGUAGACACCAUCUUAAACCGAUACUUAAUUAAAAUAAAGUGGAGACUACAAAAGAACAGUGGCAAAAAGCAACGUUCAGAAAUUACUUUUAAAGGUAUCAAAUUUAUUAUGCGGAGAGCGUUUAUAGCUGUUUUUUCACGAAGGAACUGCGUAUAUAAAGAUAUACUUAAAAAACUGAAGCGUGCAGUUAAAAAAUCAUAUAUUAAUACGGUUAACUUUAAAUAUUUUUUGGAGUUGCCCAAAAAUUUUAAAAAUGUUAAAAUGUAUAGAAUUAAAUGUGCUCGUUUAAUGAGAGACAUAUAGAUAUAGCCUGAUUUUAAGCCCAAGUUUAAGAAAUAAUUAGUGAGGUUUUUGAAUGACUAUUGAUGACCCGAAACCGACUGAAAAUCUAUCACAAAAAUUGUGAUGAAGCCUCCACAGUAUGAUGGAAAAACCGUUUGGACCAACUAUUUUUGUCAAUUUCAAGCUGCUGCGAAAGCGACCGGCUGGUCCCACGCUAAAAAAGCUACCACUUUGACGAUUGCACUGCGAGUGGACGAGUGAUAUAUAGCAAACACUGUCACCAACAGAACAAGGAGUCUAUCAACAACUUGUGCGACAUUUAGAAAUAGGGUACGGUUAAGCUCAUUUGGAGCAUGUUUACCACUCGUAGCUCAAGAACCGUAUUCAGCAGCCCAAUGAAGCCCUGCAGAGGUCUGAAGCUGAUAUAGCCCGCCAACCAAACCAAACCGCCCUGUUCCACAAGACACAACACACAUUCCAUAUUCGCGUACCCUGCUACAUUUAGAAAUAGGGUAUGGUCAAGUUCAUUUGGAGCAUGUUUACCACUCGUAGCUCAAGACUGACUUUGUAGUCAGCAGCUCAUUGAGUUCUUGCAGAGGUCUGAAGCUGUGGACGUAACAAGUUGCCAUUCACAAUAAUUAUCCGUUGUUUUUCAUUAUGUAGUAAAUGAUAAACCUGUCGAGGGAUUCAUGGAAUUUUAUUUUUGAGUAACUGGUGAUUUUCUGACCAUUUAUUCCUAGAUGUUACAAUGUUGAACUUAACAACAAAUUGUUAAAAUUUGGUACAGUAUACCUUAAAUUAACAAAGUAACUAUAGUUGCGUACUACACAUAUAAGAUCUUGGAUAUUUAGCCAAAUUUCAAUAUACCUGGUGUUUGCCCAUCAUGAUCACUCAUGAUUACAAAGCAUACCCAUGUUUUAGUUUCUUUAAUUUUUAAUCAACCCGAUAUUGUUUUUUCUAUUUUGCAGAACAUUUUUUAGAUACAUAAAUAUUGUUAAUGCAAGAAAUUUACUGCAGAAUGAACACUGAGUAAAAUACUUGUGUUUAGAUGUAAUGAUUCAUGGGAUUGUAUCUAUAAUCUUAAUACGAUGUACUUAAACAGCCGUUAAACGGUAGCCUAUUAAAAUGCCGUUAAUAGAUAUUGUGACGUCGUUCAUGUCGGCGGAAAGUAAUG